ACUUAGCACACCGGACUCACCACAACACACUGGGCUGUCCCGGCCUGUAUUAAUACUAACGGGAAGCAGCUCGUGUCAGUUUGGACUGUUUCACGUGUGAAUUCAGUGUUUUUACCUCGAGAUGGUUAUUUUUUCGCGUUUUUUGAAAACAUAUGAUCUUUUUUGUGGUGUGAUUCGUGCGUAAAUCUGCCAAACCAACGUGCCAAAACACUGAUUUACAGGCAACACUUUGCGCAUUAAACUUGUCAGACUGCAGUUUGGUGUCAUUUCACUGCAGCGCACGUGUUUCCUGCCGAGGAUGUCCGUCAGGUGAGCUGUUGUUCAGGUGGAUGAGAUGUGACCAUGGAUUUUACGCACCGACUCGCUCUGCUCCUGCUCGGCUUCACCUUCAUCCACACGGUUAAUGGAAAGUUUCCUCGCUGCCAAUUCCACUGGGAGAUUCAGAGAGCCUGGAGAGAGUGCCAGACACAACUGCAGCAACAGACGCCUGUGAGCACAGGAUGUCGUGGCGAGUGGAACAGUGUGUCGUGUUGGCAGAGUGCAGCGGUCGGCGAGGUGAUGACCCUCCCCUGCCCCUCCCCCCUCCUGCACCUGUUUGGAAAACACGGAAACCUUAGCAGGAACUGUACAGAGAAAGGUUGGUCUGACGUCUACCCCGCCAUCAUCAUCGCCUGCUGGUCCAACAACACAGAUGAACCUAACGAGCUGGUCUUCUACAGGGUGGUGAGGAUCCUGUCCACUCUGGGCCACAGCCUGUCCCUCAUCACUCUGCUCACCAGCUCAAUCAUCAUCUGUUUGUUCAGGAGGCUCCACUGCACGAGGAACUACAUCCAUCUGAACUUGUUUUUGUCGUUCAUGCUGCGAGCUGUAGCUGUGCUGACCAAAGACACGCUGCUCUUCUCAGACGACCAAAACUCAGACUGCAGCACGCAACCCUCACUGGUGGGCUGUAAGGCCACGCUGGUGUUCUUCAACUACUUUGUCAUGGCCAACUUCUUCUGGCUGCUGGUGGAGGGUCUCUACCUGCACGCGCUGCUGCUUGUCGUCCACAGCUACUCCACCCGCCUCUCCAUGUACAUGAUCAUCGGCUGGGGAAUCCCUUUUGUUUUCAUGGUAGCGUGGAUCAUAUGUAGGAUAAACCUGGAGGACACAAGGUGUUGGGAGAUGAAUGACAACCCUGUCCCCAACAGACUGAUGAAUUGGCCCAUCAUGGCGUCUGUCAUUAUCAACUUCAUCCUGUUCAUCAGCAUCAUCCGCAUCCUGGUGCAGAAACUGCGCUGCACUGAUGUUGGAGGAAAUGAACAGUCGCAGUACAGACGUCUGGCUAAGUCCACCCUCCUGCUGAUCCCUCUGUUUGGGGUGAACUAUGUGGUGUUUGUGUACCUGAUGGAACCGGCUGACAAAAACAUGAAGCAAAUCAAGAUCUUCUUUGAACUUGCCCUGGGAUCAUUCCAGGGUCUGAUUGUGGCUGCCCUCUAUUGCUUCCUCAACAGUGAGGUCCAGAGCGAGCUGAGGAGGACAUGGAGGAGUUUAUCUCUCAAGCGUUACGUGGGGCGGGACUACAGGCUGCACACCAUGUUGGUCAGCCGAAAUGGCACUGAAAACUCUGCUCAGUUUCCCAGAAACUCCCGAGCCCAGUCCAUCCUGCAGACUGAAGUCACUGUGCUCUGACCGGGGACAGAGACAGCCUCUUCAUAAAGACUCUCAGCACUGAUGCUCAUAUGUAGAGCGACUCAGAAGGCAGGUGAAGUUCAAAGUCGUACUCAAGGACCCUUUUUAUAGACAUAUCGGUUGCUCCUGCAGGGAAUGAACCUGUGAUAAUAACCUAGAAGAUUUUCAUUAGAAUUAAUGUCUGUUAAGUCACUAUCUAUCACUGAAUGAGGUAGCUUAAUGGCGAUUGAGCCUACAGCCCACUGGUGAAAGCCCUUGCAUUUGCAUCACAACAGGGUGUCUGUGGCAACAUUCCCAGGAAAAAAUCAAAAGGCGUACACAGUUAGUGAUGCCUUUCUCAUCACUCAGCAGUGGUAGGUUCGCCAGAGAGGGUAGGUGAAGCCUAGCACAGCCAACUUGCUCUUUAACUCGCUUCUUUUUUUGCCUGGUCUUUGCUGGCGUUGCGAUUAAACUCUUACUAUGGCACAACAAACAAACAAAAAAACAAAAAAACAAAAAUGAUAUAGGGCGAUAACUACAGAUGAUGACACU